GUUGUGUGCUGGCAUUCUGAGUCUUGCACUGAGCAUGCGCAGUCAGUCUAAUAGCUUCCUCUCGUCCCAGUAGUCACAUGACGAAAGGAAAGUCUGGCUCCGGAUGGCCAGUGUCUAGUCAACCUAAAAUUUACUAAUGGCAGUGUUACCAAGCUGACAUGGCAGGAUGAGCUUAUAAGAACCAUGUCGUUCCCAGCUCCCCGCAUAUCAGUGUUCACCUUUCAGUCUGCAGUGCACAGCGCCCAUGUUCUCCAGUGUCUGAAUGACCAGAGGCAGCGGGACGUCCUGUGUGAUGUGACAGUAGUGGUGGAAAACAGGAGUUUUCGGGCCCACUGCUCUGUCUUGGCUUCCUGCAGUGAAUACUUUCACAGCAGGGUUACCAAUGUCACCAGACAGAAUCUCGUAAUCACGUUACCUGAUGAGGUGACCGUUGAGGGGUUUGAACCAUUGCUGCAGUUUGCUUACACAUCAAAGCUCCCCUUCACCAAAGAAAACAUUCAUGCCAUUCACAGCAGUGCGGAGAUUUUAGCAUUUCAUAACUUGGAGUCGGCAUGUUUUGACUUCCUCAUCCCAAAGUUUUCUGAAAGCAAAAGAACCUCACAGGAGGUCAGGCGUAGACCCUGUUGUCGGAGCCGGGAUCCCAGUGCCAGUUUUGGCUCCAGCGUAGAGAGCAGCCAACCAAAAUCAUUUGAGUCACACAGCUCAGUGCCUUCAAGAGUUGAUGAACAAAAAGACUUCCCAUCACAGUGUCCUCAGAGUGCACAGGGUCAGAUGAACAGUGGGGAAGAACACCUCUGUUUGGAGAACUGCGGGCCACAAAUGGCCCCCUUAUCUCUGGAGUUGGCAGCAAAUGGUGUGUGCCCCGUGUUGUCAUUGCCAUGCCCAGAUACAGACAAAGUAGAUCCCACUCAGUUCUGUGAAAGAGACAUUUUAGAGAUAGAAGAUGUGUGUAAUCAAAGUGAGUUGAGUUUGGCAGACUGUGGCUUACCCUGUGAGCUGUCAACCCCAGGGGAUGUGAAUCCUCCAGAAUUCAUUGAGCCAGCAGGCAGCGAUGCUAAACAGACGGUUGAGAUGCUUGGUGCUGAAACCAACUAUAACCCAGGUUCAUGUCCACUGAACACAUCAGGGGCAGAAGAUUGCAGUGAGUUAAUAGAGCAGAGUAAGGCUGGCCUUGAACGGGGGAUGGCAGGUGAUCACUCAGACCCUACACUAACUGCUCUAAGCCACGAAGAGGGAUUUGGGCAGAGGAGCAGCGUGGAGAGAGAGGUGGCUGAACAUCUGGCAAAGGGAUUUUGGUCUGACCUAUGCCCAAAUCAGGCUCAGACACUCCCCCUGGAUCCCACAGACCAAAACAAUCUGGCAAAAGCAUCAGACUUUCAUUGGCUGAAGCAGCUGGACCUGAGCUCCAGUGUAGGGGACUGUCCUUUCCUUAGGGACCUUGGGACAGGUGAUGACCCGGCUCCACGCACUGACAGCCUGUCCCAGUCAGAGAAAAGCCCCUACAUGUCCUCAUCGCUGAACUCUGGAGACGACUCUGACUUCGACACAGAUGGAGAUACUGAGGCCAACAACAAAAGAGCAGCAGAGAUUCAGCUCCCAUUCCCAGUGGAGCAAAUCUCAGCGCUGAGCCGGAGUGCCUUCCAGCAGCUUCUUAGACAUCAUGAACUGACUCAAGAUCAGCUAGAGUUUGUCCAUGAUGUUCGUCGACGAAGCAAAAACCGUGUGGCUGCACAGCGCUGCCGAAAGAGGAAACUAGACAGCAUACACCAACUAGAAUGUGAAAUCAAAAGAUUAAAAAGUGAGAAAGACCGGCUGCUGCAGGAGCGAAUUGAGCUGGAGCAAAACCUGGAGGAGACGCGGCAGAGUCUGUGCGGGUUAUGUAAGAGUGUCAGCAUCGAGUCUGGCUCUGAUCAGGACCACUUGCAGCUUCUUGCCAAGCUUUCCUCACCAGACUUCCCUAUCUCCUCCCUAAGCCUUGUGGGUAAAGAUGACGAGUCCCAGAUCACUAUUGAAAUGGUAAGUUGUUCUUCAGUGUGUGACCCAAACAAGCCGCCUGCAGGCUCAGUUCAAACUGCUGCAUCAGAGGACGGCACACAUGCAGAGGAGGCAGGUUCUCCACAGAGCUGCCGAUCUGUCUCUCUGCUCAACGCCUGUUUGUACAAGAAGACCAGCUUAUAAUUAGGUUAUAAUAUUUUUUUAUUAUUGUAAUUUAAUCAUCAUGCAGGACCAUGGAGCAGGGGGUGGACUGAAUAUAUACUGUAAUCCCCUUUUGGGAUAGGUGUUCUUUCCUGUGUAUUUCACUGAAUGAUUUUCUGUCUGACAUACUGUAGGUCUGUGUAGGUAGGACAGAGAAAUGUAACUUUCCUUUGCUGUAUUUCUAAUAGUCAUUGUAGUAAACUCAGAAUCCAGUAUUCAUCUUUUUGAAAGUACAGAACAUUUAAGCCACGGUAAUUCCCAAAUGUCUUUAUUUGUAAAUUAAGACGACAUUUCUUAAAGUUACGUUUGUUUUUCUCAGGGAAACUCAUAACCUGACUGUGUUUUGAUGCCUAAAAUAAUUUGUGCUUCACAGCCACCUCAUUUUCCUACUUAUGCAAACAUAAACUCGUAUAAAUAAGACAUUUCUUUCAUUUUAGGCUAAUAAGUCUAUCGUUAUAAUCUUCACACAUACUGUAUUAUUCCACCACUAUGCUGUUUCUUUGAUUAAAUAUGCACAGCACUAACUGAACUUAUUUUUUUUUUACAGGGGAUGACUAGGAAAUGUUACAGCUAACAGAAAGUAUUAUUUGAAUGCUACUAUAGACUAGCUUUCGAAUAAUGCUCUUUUAAUAACUGUCAGCUUCCCCUACUAUUUGAGGAAUGGUUCAAGUGUGUCUAAACGUGUUACUGGGGAACACGUGAAAUUAUGUUAUUUGAUGCAAAAUGUGCCUUAUUCAGUAGUAUAGUAUGAAUACAGAAAAAAUAAAGGCAAUCUUUGUAUAUUCUUGUCUGAAGCACUGUUGCACAUUAAUCCAGAGCCCAUAUUGAUGGCAUUGUCUUACAUUUAAAUCAGUCUUCAUGUUGAGUGUUUUUAAUUGAAUGCUUUCAUGGAUUACAUAUUUAAAUAAACAUUUUUCAUUCA